AUGGAAGAGCUUGGAUUCAGGAGCGAAAGGGCAGCGAGGCCAGAUCAAGCUAGAGCUGGUACCAGGCUACGACCAGCCCAGGUGAGCGGCAUUGUACAGAGUGAGCUGGAUGAGGGCCCUGCUGAAAUUACGAGCAGCGAUUCAGAUAUUUUUGCCGCGUGCUUGAAAUUGGUACACAGAGCAGCAUCCAGUGAUUACAGCAUUCUACAGCAGCCUUCCAGUGAGAGCAGAUGGCAUGUGAGUUGGGCAUUAAUCGCAAUCGGAUGGACCCUUUCUUUCCCUUUCUUUCCCAUUGCUGCUGCUGUCGUGCUGUUUGUUGCCAAGACCACAAAUUUCAAAUUUCCUACCUUCAGAUGGCCUCCCACCUCGCCCAAUCCAGCCCGAUCCGCUGGACGGCUGCCAGACUCCAUCCAGAUUCAAUCCAUCCUCAAACAGGACAACGAAUCGCCUGCCACGCCCUCCUCCGAGUCCUCCCUCGUCAAGCAGUUCUCCGGCUCGUCACAAACACCUUCAUCCGGCUCCAACCUUGCCUCAUCGUAA